UGUAACGGCUAACUAGGUAAUUACAACGGGAACACAACCAACUUUAACUGCGGCUAAUAAUCUAAGUAUAUAUCGAAGUGCCCGCCCGGAACUUUGUUCAGUACCAAGCCAGAUUUGCUUCCAAUGGCGCGAAAUUUACACAAAAGGGAACGAUCAAAUCACACUAUGUACGACCAAAGAUUGUGCUUUUACUGCAUGGAACCAGGUCACUUGAUUUAGAAAUGUCAAGUGAAAGAAAGGGACGAGGCAUCAUUAUUAAUUCGACAAGUAAUUAGCACCGAUACCCAAAAGUCACAAGAAAGAAAUGACGACUACAUGGAGGAGUAUGUUGUUGAAGGUAUUCAUCAUGGAGAGUGGCCAAAAAGCUUGUAUGUUAAGACACAAUUUAAGAAUAAUUUCUCAAGAAAUCUGUCUCAACUCUCAAUAUCACAAGAUCAACUCUUCUUUUGGUGUUGAAACCAGAUUUAAUUCGGAAAUUAUGUCCAUAAGAGGAAUAGGAUGGAUUUUGUUAUCAUCAGAUGACAAUGUCAUCGAUGAAAAUUACAAGUGUGUUUUACACACAAGAUUUGGAUAGAAAUAUUCAAAUUAGAUCAACUUAGGGGUUGUCUGGCAACUUCGUGCUGAGCUAUUAAAAGUGAUAGUCCCGAUUUGAUCUUGUUCUUUGUGAUUAAAGUUCGACAGAACACAAUUAUCUACUUAGAACGUCACUCAAAGUGAGGAAUCCAUCGAAUAACGUGUGAAAUUGACACAAGAAAGCUAAAUAAACGUUCUUUGAUUACAUAAGAAAUUUUGGCAAACUUUCCUUACACUUGACCUCCUUUCAAAAAUAGAUGGGUGAGGUUAUGAAAUUUGGGCACAUCACACUUGUAUUUAUAGACUCUACACUGACUAGCGCAUCACCAACCACACAUCACACCUGAGCAACAUUGAUGCACUGCACAUGACUCAUGCGAUGCGCAUCACUUCAUGUGCUCUUACAAACAUGAAUUAAAACAUAAAACAAAACAACACAACAACUUUGCCAUACAUACAUAGACUAAAAACAAAAGACGCAGGCAUUAGACAUUUUGCUCCAAUAGACUCCUCCUUGGAUGAUGCUGCAGUCUUGUCUCUUGUUCAGUCUUCAACCCAUCCCGAAAAACUUCUUUCAUCUCUUCCCUUGACUUUUCAAAACUCUGCUUCGGAAUUUAAUUUGUCUUCUUUGGCCAUCUGAAAUCAUACUUUAUGUUCUUUGCCGACUUUCUUUUCGUCUCUAUUCUUUCCUUUCUCUUUGCUUGCUUCUGCUUUUCCUUCUUCUCUAAUUUCUCCACCUGGUCUCCUACAACCUUCCCGAGUGAAUGUCUUAAGCAAAGCAGAUCCAUACGUCUCUUUGAAAUUGCAAUGCUAUAUUAAUAUCUCUUGCAUCAAAGUUGAUUUGAUUAAAGGAUAACACUUCAAUAUCAUUCUCUGACAUGUUAAUAUCUCUUGCAUCAGAAUCCACAACAGGUCAUAAAUUUCUAUCGUUCUCCGGUUUAUUACACCUUCACAUAGAACAAUUACUGCCUCACCGGUCUUUUCAUUGUAGUACUACUGUUGGGUAUAAUCUUGAUGGUCGGGUCAAGUCGGGUCAGUUAUUUAUUAAUGAGUAUUUUAGCUUGUUUUUAAUUAGUGAUCAAGUAAUGGUAGAAAGUCUUAGGUUGACCGAAUUAGAAUUAGUAAAAUAGAACGUUGGAGAGUGGCUUUGAACUUAGGAAAGUGUGUGUUUUCUUUUACAAAAACUCUCGAUUAUAUCUCAGUAUAUUUUGUUCCUUUGUAAACUUACUUAAAUAAUUGUGAGUGUUUGUUGAGUGCUUGAAGGGGCCUGAACCAACAAUUGGUAUUGAUGACGGGGGUAGCCCAAGAUCAAAUAAAAUGACUUAAGUACACACACGUCCGAAAGGUUAAAUGGUUCAAAGGUUAAAAAGUUGUGAGGUGGGGAAAAGCAAUACGGGAACAGUAACCAGUCACAUCCCUGGAUUGCUUCACCAACCCACCAGCCGUAAAAGCAAUGCAGGUCAGCAGGAACACAUGCUAUUAUCCGGGGGACAAAAGGCUUCAACCCCCGAAAGGGUAAGCCCCUCACUGCAAGUGAGGUCACUAGUCAAAAGCACUCUUCUUUGGGAGAUAUCUUCUCCUAUAUAAUUGACACUUCAUUUACUGAGUUGAGACACUCCGGACCAGACUUGUUUCCUUAAACUCUGGUCAUUCACAUCGUGUACUUGCUCCAUGCAAGUUACUCCCACUCACAUCCAACUCACACAUAUUCUAUUUGUUUCCUCAUCCUUUUCUAAACACACUUCAGAGUAGGAUCUUCAACAAACAACAAAAACAAACUAGUGAACCUCCUUCCACGUCUUGCAAACGUGGGGGGAUCCCACGACCUGCGUUAGGCAAGGUUAAACCCUUUAACCCUUUUACCUAACCAUCCUCGCUACUACGUUUGGUCUAUUAUUUGUUGCUUCAACAGGUAUCAUAGCAAGGUGAGAUUGGAGGGCCGUUUUGAGAGUCGGUGGCGAGAAUGAGUGCAGCCCUUUCGCUGUAGGGCAAAACGCAUCAGUAGGAGGAACUGAAGAUGAAAGAUAGGGAGAUGCAAGGGCUAAUCUCUAAUCUGAUGAACAACAGAAGAAAGUAACCGGAUAGUGAAGAAAGAGCCUGUAGCCAGAAGGAGAUACCGGUGUAAGAAAGACCGUUACCCGAGAAGAAGAACGGAAGCCGUGACAGACCAAACGGCGUGACCGAAGACCGAAUUUGUUCUCUUCACCGGGAAUAAAGACCGAAGACCGAAGUAGGUAACCGAGACCGCGGUUUGCCUAAGAAAGAAGACCGAUAAGCUGCAACAAAACGGCGGCUAAACUAGACCGAGACCAUGGGUGUGACAUUGACCGAAGGUUCGCACCAUCAUAGACCGAAGAAAGCUUUUAUCGAUAGAAAGAUUAGACCUAAUGACCGAAAGAAAGACCGUGAUUGUGAACAAAGACCAAGAGUUCACAUUAGACCGAGUUGUGAACCGAAGGCCGAAAGUGUUCACGUUAGAAUGAGAAAGACCGAACCUGUGCGGUUCAUCUAGAAAGAGGAAGAACGGAUCAUAAUGGUUCGAAUAGAAAGUGAGGCUAGACCGACAUCAAGAUUAAGGGGGUGAAUGUUGGGUAUAAUCUUGAUGGUCGGGUCAAGUCGGGUCAGUAAUUUUAUUAAUGAGUAUUUUAGCUUGUUUUUAAUUAGUGAUCAAAUAAUGGUAGAAAGUCUUAGGUUGACCGAAUUAGAAGGAGUAAAAUAGAACGUUGGAGAGUGGCUUUGAUUUAGGAAAGUGUGUGUUUUCUUUUACAAAAACUUUCGAUCAUGUCUCAGUAUAUCUUGCUCCUUUGUAAACUUACAUAAAUAAUUGUGAGUGUGUUUGUUGAGUGCUUGAAGGGGCCUGAACCAACAACUACCACUUGAAGUAUCCAUAGAUAUCUUAUUCCAUUUCACGAAAAGAAUUAAUCGGAUUUGAUGGGUUGCAUUUAUUCCACUGUUGCCAAACAUACCCCUGGGUAUGAGAAUCCUGCUCUCUUAGCUGACGAAACCCUAUUCACAAUGAUUGAAGUUGAGGCUUUGUAUGAGCUUUUUAACAAGUUAAGCAGCUCAAUCAUCGAUGAUGGCCUCAUUCACAAGAUUAGCAUGAAUUUCUCUGGAUCGACAGUUGUUUUCAGGCUAUAUGAUCUCAGAGGUACCGGUUUUAUUGAGAGAGAGGAGUUAAAAGAGAUGGUACUCUUACACGAGUCAGAUUUAGUGUUGUCUGAAGACAUUAUCGAAAUGAUAGUCGAAAAAACAUUCAGUGAUGAAGAUAUUAAAGGAGAUAGGAAGAUAGAUGAAGACGAAUGGAAGCAAUUUGUGGCAAGGAAUCCGUCCCUCAUUAAGAACAUGACCCUUCCUUACUUGAAGGACAUAACGUUGGCAUUCCCCAGUUCUGUAUUGAGCUCUGAAGUAGAAGACGCGAAAAUAUGAAACAUAGAGUAUUGAGAACAGAAGUGAUUCGAUACUUCUACACGUGACUUUAGUAUGCAUGUGAACAUUGGAGGUGAUCAAGGAUUUGUGCAAGUCUUUGGUUCAGUUUGUUAUUCCCGUACUUCCUUUUGUUCUGGAAUAAGUUUGCUGAUAAAGGAGUUGAGUAGUCAUAUUCCUUUGGUAGUUCACGUUUGCUUUUUCCCUAUUUAAGGUUAUGCAAUUGUUGCUUUAUGUAUUCAAAAAUUUCCUGAUUAAUAAAGAGAUCUCUCUCUCUC